AUGUCGAUAGAUGAAGAUGAAAUAUUAACCAUGGAUUCACGUGUAAUUCUUUCUGAUAAAAAUCAAAUGCCACGAUUGGGUCUUGGUACAUGGCGAAGUGAACCAGGAAAAGUCGAAAAUAUUGUUUUUGAAGCUAUAUUAAAUUGCGGUUAUCGUCAUAUUGAUUGUGCAUGGUUAUAUAAAAAUGAAAAUGAAGUUGGAAAUGGUAUACGUAAAGCUUUAGAACAAAGUCAAGGAAAAAUCAAACGUGAAGAUUUAUUCAUUACAACUAAAUUAUGGAAUCAACAUCAUCAACCUGAAGAUGUUGAAUGGGCUAUUCGUGAUAGUUUAAAAAACUUUCAAUUAGAUUAUAUUGAUCUUUAUCUAAUACAUUGGCCUGUUGCAUUUAAAAAUAUCAAGGAAAAUCAAUGGUCACAAAAUCAAGAUAAAACAAUUCGUUAUUAUGCUGAAGGCGUAACUAUAACUGAUACAUGGAAAGCAAUGGAAAAUUUAGUUGAUUUUAAAUUAGUACGUUCAAUAGGUUUAUCAAAUUUUAAACAAUCAGAAAUAGAUGAAAUUAUUAAUAUAGCUCGGAUUAAACCAGUUGUUAAUCAAAUUGAACUUCAUCCAUAUUUAAAUCAACAAGAAUUACGUUUAUAUGCAAAAAAAGUCAAUAUUAUUUUAACAAGUUAUUGUCCAUUAGCAAAUUUAAAACGACCAAAUGAACGUGAAGAAGAAACAUCACCAUUAUAUAAUCCAAUUAUUGAAAAAAUAGCUAAAUCGAAAAAUCGAACAUCAGCACAAAUUAUUAUUCGAUGGCAUCUUCAACAUGGUCUUACUCUCAUUCCAAAAACGGUUACACCACAGCGUCUUUAUGAAAAUUGUCAAGUUUUUGAUUUUUAUUUAUCAGAUAAUGAAAUGAAUCAAAUUGAUCAAUUAGAAAAAACACAUCAUAGACGUUUUCUUAAUCCACAAGUUUUACCACCUGGAAAUAAAUAUAUUUUUGAUGAUUAA